AAAUUAAAAAAAACAUAAAUGAGAAUCUCUUAAGCUAAUUUAAUCAUUUUCUAUCUUUGCCUCUUCUAAUUUGCAUUGUGCUAACAAUAAUCUACUAAAUAAGAGAGCACUUAAAGCAUCUUUCCUAAUUAUAACUAUUUAUUUAGCUAAUUCUCUUAUUACAAGAUUUACUAAAUAGAUUUAUAAUAACACUUUUACGAGAACUAUGAAUAUAUCGCCUUUUAAAUAGACAUCAUAUCUUAAUUCAUUCCUCAAUAAAACAUCACUGUAUGUCUUAACUUUGAAUAGAAUGAAGAAUAACUUUAGAAUAGUCUAAAUAUGAAUAAUUUCUAUUGUGAAAUUACUGACCUCAUCGCAACAAAAGAGUAGCUAACUUAGCAUUUGCUUUAUGUUAAUGCUAAAAGUCCUGCAUUCUAAAAUUCUCUUAAAGCAAAUCUCGUAGUUUUUAACUCAAUCAAAGGAGUAACAGUUAAUUCAUAGAUCUAUAUAAAAUAUAACAUGAAAGUACAAUUACUAAACAAAAAAUUAUGCCAUAACUCUUGUAGCGGAAUAAAUGGAAAUUGCAACAGAGAAACAGGAUAAUGCGUUUGCAAUAAAAAUUUUAUUGGAUAUGAUUGCCAUAUUAAAUUACAAGAAAUUAAUUUCACUAAGAAUUAAGAUUCAAUUUACUUAUAUUUAUUAUAAUAAACAUCCUAAUACGCUAUUGUGAACAUGGAUUAUCUUAUAUAAAACUACUAACAAAGCAGCUUUUCAUUAUAAUUAGCUAGGUCUAUUGAAUAUAAUGAAAUAAAUAUUUAUAUGACUUUCAACAAAUUAGAAAAUCCAACAAUUGAUUCUUUUUAAGAAAAAUUUUUAAUGCAAAACAAAGAAUAUUCAAUUCAAAAUAUUGAACAGCUCUGUUAAAAAUAUUAAUCUAACAUUUAAUAACAAUAAGAACACACUUUAUAAGACUAAACUAUAAACAACUAACAAGAAAUGAAUUCAAAUACAUGCUUCUUUAUUAUUGAGCUCAAAUAAUAGCAAUAUGGUAAUAACAUGGCUUUAAAAUUGAGCGUUUAGAUUUCAAAAAAACAAAACAACUCAAAUACCUAACAAUAAAACUUUAAUGAAAACGGAAUGCAAAACAUGAGUGAUGAUAGUAAUGCAAUUAAACUUUCAAAAUUAAUCGCCAUAUCCACAUCAUCUCUCUUUUUAGGUUCAAUCUUGCUUUUGUUUGUCUUCAAAAUAUUGAAAAACAAAAAAGAAGUGAGCUAAUAAUUGUUAACAACUAACUUAGAAGAGACUAAAAAUGAAUAGCUUUGCAAUUCUGUUGUAAUAAAAAAUAUUUUACACCAAUAAACAUAACUCAUCUAGAAAAAAAAUAAAUAAAUCUAAAAAUAGAAAUUACUCAUAUAAAAUUUAAUGCCUAUUACUAAAUAUUAAUCAUAAAACAAAUAAACAAGUGAUUCAUCAAUUAUUAUUCUCUAAGAAUAAAAUUAAGAAUAAGAAAUUAAAUAGAAAAUUUAAGAAUAAGAACAGAAAGAAAAUUUUAAGUAAUUCAGCUGCAUUAUUUAAAUAGAUGAUUUAGAAAAUAAUAACUCUUAAAAGUAAAAUAAAACUAGUAUUUCUGAAAGUAUUUGCUGCGCUAUGUGCUUAACUGAGCUAGUAAAUGAUGACUAAAUAAUAAAAACUAUUUGUGAUCACAGUUUCCAUGCCUAAUGUUUUCAAGAGUGGAUUAAUAAGAACGACGAAUGCCCCUUAUGCAGAGAAAGUUUUGAAAUAUUUAAUCUCCUUGAUUACAUGACAGAAAGAAAAUUUUUAACUCUCAAAAAAAGAUGUGAUAAAUAUUACUGUGUCUUAGAAAGAAACUAAAUCCUUGAAAAACUAAAAACUUAAUUUGACUUAAUUUUAAGCCUCCCUGAUGAAUAAUUUUUAGAUAUCUUCAAAUAUUUCUAAGUUGAAUAAUAAGAAAACAAGUAGUAAAUAGAGUAGUAAGAGACUAUAGAAUAAUUUAAUGGAGUAGAAAAAAUAGGCUAAUAAAAGUAAAAUUUCUAACUAGUUAUCCGCCAAAAUGGAGAUUCCUCAAAUUAAAUGGGCAAUAGUUGCGUUAGCACAUGUAGACUUUCUUAAAGAUGUUCUAUAUUUUCAAACUAAAAUUUGGUUUAGUCAAAAAGAAAUUCUUUUUCAAGCUAAAACGAAUAAUAAGAAUAAUAAUAAAAUAAGCAAUCAAGCUCUAAUUCAAUUGAUACUCCAUACGCCUAAUAAAAUUCAUAAAAACUCCUUCUUAAUUCUAAAUAAUAAAAAUAUUUUUAAAAGAAUGCCCCUAAAAUACUACAAGUCGAGAAUUAAAUAGAGAAACUCUUUUAACUAAAAACUCAUAGAAAAGUUAAUAAUUUAAUUGAUGCUUAAGAAACCUACAGAAUACCUUCAGAUUGCCUUACCCAACAAACUCAAAUGAAUUAAAUUUUACUAAGCAGUACUAAUAAUUCAACUAAUUCCAAAAAUUAAAAUGAAGCUAAGAAAAAAAUCAAUGCAAAUAAACUAAAAAAUUAAAUACUAAAAUAAUAGUCUUUUAAUGUUAAUCAUUAAUAAGCUAAAUCAAAUAGAAUGUCUUUAAAAUAACCAAUAACCUUAACCGAAGAAGCUAAAGGAACAUAAUACAGCCAAUGA